AUGCUUCCACCGUAUGUCCUGAUCUUUGUGUGCGCUGGAUUCCUUCCAGCUUCCAUGGCAGAAAGCUCUGCUCAGUAUCCCCCAUUGUGGGACGUCACCCCCGGUCGGUUCCAGGACUACCCUUUUGAGGCAAACAGAUUCAUCAUCAAUCCCUGGAACUAUUUGGAGAGAAUGGGAAUGUACAAGAUCUUGCUAAGCCAGUCUGCUAAGUACUUCUCUGAUCUGGGUCCAAAUAAUGAGGAAAACCUGCUCUGGGGGCUGCCUCUCCAACACGGCUGGCAGUUUCAUACAGGGAGAUUGGCUGACCCGACCAACGUCACUACCUGUGGCUAUGAAGCUGGAGAUCCCCUCUGCAUAUCCGAGGAAAGCUGGUGGGCUUGCAUGAAUUAUCAUCUUUGUACUCUUCCUGUCCUUGCUGCCGUGGAUGCUGGAAUAAUGGGAGUUUCAUCAGAUCAAGUGCAACUUCUGCCACCACAGAAUGACCAGGAGAAUUUCUGUUAUAAUGUGACUGACUGUGAGUCAGCCUUCCCAGAAGUUAUGGGUAAAUGGAAAGCGUUUUAUGAGUAUGUGGUAUCAUCUGAGUCUUCUGAGCCGCCUGCAGAAAGGAUGGAUAACUUGUUAAAACUCAUGUGGGACGUUCAUGUGGAAACCCUUGAAGCUGGCGGACCGAGAUGUGCUGCCAAAUUGCCAUAUUAUGACCCACCCGAAGGUGAUUUUGGGAACAGCUGGGUCACUGCAGUGGACUUUAUCUCCUUCCUUCGCUUCCCCACCACACAAGGGCAAACAGCCACAUUCCAGAGCAGCCUCCCCCAACGGUUGCUCAUUUCGGGAGAUUCCGCCCCCUUCAUACCUGAUUUCACCCCCAUGCAGAAUCAAGUCUUGUUUAUGCUAAACUCUCUUCACCAAAUGAAUACGGCCUCAGGAGAUAAGUUGUUGAAGCUUUGGAGACUAGCAAUGAAAUUCAAAGCAAUGCGAGAAAUGGCACUGAAACUGCUCAAUCUGAUUAUUUCAAGUCAAGAUUUACCUUCUGAGCAAGUAGAUGUCCUCUUCAACACAUUGAACAGAUAUUUAUCUGCAAAUAAGAUCAGCUGAUUUAAAUAGUCCUAAUGGUUGGAUUCCUGUUGUGAAUUUUGUUUUGCCUCUGUGCUUUUUUACCCAAUUUCGUGUGCCUUUUUUAAGGGAAUUAAUGUUCCUAAAACUAAUUUUCCCAAUUAGUAAUACUUAUUUUCUCAUUUCCCACUAAUUAAAAAAUGUCUAGCUAAAAUACAAAUGAGACUACAGUUCAUUUCUCUACAGAUUGCUCUGUAAUUAAUGAAAAUCUGAAAUAAAG